UGUCCCGCGAUGGCCACCAGGCCAAAUGCUUGGAUGGCUAAUAAUGAGCAGGUGCUGUCCCUGCCCAGCCUCCUGCUGAAGCCUUAACCUCUUCCUAACCCGCCCCCUGGGGCUCCUCCCUCAGUUCUCUGGCCCCCUUUCAUGUGCCAGCUGAUGAUUCCUCUGCUCGCCCUCAAGCGCCCUGUCUUCCCAGGCCCUCUGCCUUCCCUGUCACAGGCAGUUGUGCCUGUGCCUUUGCUCUCUCCCGUGUCCCAUGAGCUCCUCAAGUGCAGAGAGCAUGGCUUUGCUUUCCUUGUGACUGGUGCCUACAGAGGAGCUCUGCACACAUAGGAUGCUCAUAGGUGCUUAGCAAAUUCAUUCAUUUGCUGCCCGUGCCCACCUGCCCCCGGACACUCCCAUGAGUCCUGCCUGUGCCUCCCUCCUCUACGCUAACCUUGUGUUCUCCACCCGAGGGCUUGCCUGGGCCCCUGGUCUCCAUGGCACUGUGCAGUUGCCUUCUUACAGCGUCACUGGCUUUUCGUCAGCACCUCCAUGCCUCAGUCCACAUGCUGGGCCCCUGCUGGAGUGGGGACUGGCAGGAUCCAGAGGAAGGAGGCCCAUGGCCGCCCCUAGAGAAGUAGGACGCAUGCUCACUGGGUAAUGGCUCCUGUCAGAGAGAAGUCACGUGCUGGGGAGAGGUGCUGCGGUGGGGUGAAGGUCUCCUGGGAAAGCACUUGGAGGCUGUGGAUUUGACGCUGCUUAGGAGAGCCCUGGGGUGUGGUCAGAGGGGCCCUGUCUUCUGUCCUUCCAACCCCCAGAGACCCAGGUUUUAGCACCUAGGGGUCAGAGGCCAAGGUGAGGUUCUUAAUCACUUGUGGAUGUCUCAUGUUGAGUGGGAUAAACAAGGCUGCCUGCUAUUCUGGGAGAUUGAAGAUCUCACCUGGGGUGUAUGCUGAGGUCCCAGAACGAGUCUACUCUGGAGCAUCUUUUCCUUGUGGCUUAAGAACUUUGAGUUUCCCCCAUUAAACAGACGUGUCAAUGAAGGAGAGAGGAAAAUCACAAGCUGUUUGCAGUUGCAGAACUGGUCAGAACAGAGCUGGAAGUAGCACUGGGAGGCCCUGACUUCUCUCCACCACCAGCCCAAAAUCAGUUGGUGCAAGCUCUUUGCUCCCCAUCUUAUGGGCUGAACUGGGCAUUGCUGGGUGCUGUCGUCCUAUUGGUGACACCGAGGGGGACAGUCUCAAUAGCUCCCCACUUCUGCUCCUCAACAUUCCUGCCAUGUCGUCUUCUAUCUCUCCCUCUGGUGUUUGGUUGACCUGUUCUCUGCUUCUCCUCCUUCUGACCGUGUGAGGACCCCUCCUCUGGACAGGAGCUCUCUUCUGGGUUCCCGCCUGCCGUGCCUGUUUGCGGCCGCCAACUAGGCUGAGCACGCCGGCGUCCGCACCUACUUCUUCAGUGCCGAGAGCCCUGAGGAACAGGAAGCCUGGAUUCAGGCCAUGGGGGAGGCUGCCCGAGUACAGAUCCCCCCAGCCCAGAAGUCGGUGCCCCAAGCCGUGCGUCACAACCAUGAGAAGCCAGACUCAGAGAACAUCCCACCCAGCAAACACCACCACCAGCCACCCCCCAACAGCCUCCCCAAGCCUGAACCAGAGGCCAAGACUCGAGGGGAGGGUGAUGGCCGAGGCUGCGAGAAGGCAGAGAGGAGGCCGGAGAGGCCCGAUGUCAAGAGUGAGCCUUUGGUGAAAGCCAAUGGCCUCCAGCCUGGACCAGAGCCAGCCUCAGAGCCGGGCAGCCCAUAUCCCGAGGGCUCAAGGGUCCCAGGGCGUGGGGAGCGGCCUGCCCAGCCCAAUGGCUGGCAGUAUAGCUCCCCAAGCCGGCCAGGGAGCACAGCUUUCCCGCCUCAGGACUCAGAGAGUGGGGGACAUCGGCGGAGCUUCCCUCAACGCGCCAACCCCGACAAAAUCGCCCAGCGCAAGAGCUCCAUGAACCAGCUUCAGCAGUGGGUGAACCUGCGCCGAGGGGUGCCCCCACCUGAAGACCUUCGGAGUCCCUCUAGGUUCUACCCCAUGACCCGCAGGGUCCCCGAGUAUUACGGCCCCUAUUCCUCCCAGUACUCUGACGAUUACCAGUACUACCCACCAGGGGUGCGGCCGGACAGCAUCUGCUCAAUGCCGGCCUACGGUCGAAUCAGCCCUCCCUGGGCCCUGGAGGACAAGCGCCAGGCCUUCCGCAACGGAGGCGGCCCCACCUUCCAGCUGCACGAGUGGAAGGAGCCUGCUGGCUAUGGGCGGCAGGAGGGCACCAUCUGGAUCCCCAGCCCCUCCCGGCAGCCCGCCUAUUAUGACGAGCUGGAUGCCGCCUCCGGCUCCCUGCGCCACCUGUCCUUGCAGCCCCGUUCGCACUCCGUGCCCCGCUCGCCCAGCCAGGGCUCCUACAGCCGCGCCCGCAUUUACUCCCCAGUCCGCUCACCCAGUGCCCGUUUUGAGCGGCUGCCACCUCGCAGUGAGGACAUCUAUGCUGACCCCACUGCCUAUGUGAUGAGGCGAUCCAUCAGCUCCCCCAAGUAUGAUUACCUGGGAGACAGGCGGCCAGUCCCUGCAGGACUGUUCCCCUACAACUACCCGCCAUCCCCUACGGUCCACGAUAAGAUGGUCCCUCCGUACCCAGAAGUGUUCCGGGACAGCCUCCACACCUACAAGUUAAACGAGCAAGACACAGAUAAGCUGCUGGGCAAAUUGUGUGAGCAGAACAAGGUGGUGAGGGAGCAGGACCGGCUGGUGCAGCAACUCCGAGCCGAGAAGGAGAGCCUGGAAAGUGCCUUGAUGGGGACCCACCAGGAACUGGAGAUGUUUGGAAGCCAGCCUGCCUACCCAGAGAAGCUGCUACACAAGAAGGAAUCGCUGCAGAACCAGCUCAUCAACAUCCGGGUGGAGCUGUCUCAGGCAACCACGGCCCUGACGAACAGCACCGUCGAGUACGAGAGCCUCGAGUCGGAGGUCUCUGCCCUGCACGACGACCUCUGGGAGCAGCUCAGUCUGGAUGCCCAGAAUGAGGUGCUCAACCGGCAAAUCCAGAAGGAGAUCUGGAGGAUCCAAGAUGUGCUGGAGGGGCUGAGGAAGAAUAACCCAUCCCGGGGCACAGACACAGCCAAGCACAGAGGAGGCCUCGGCCCCUCUGCCACCUGCAGCUCCAACAGCCCUGCCAGCCCCCUCAGCUCCGCCAGCCUCACCAGCCCCCUGAGCCCCUUCUCACUGGUGUCUGGCUCUCAGGGGUCUCCCACCAAGCCUGCGUCCAAUGAGCCCAAGGCAAGCUAUGAGCAAAGCAAGAAAGACCUCCACCAGACAUCACCCCUGGACACCUCUAGAGACAUCAGCCUUGUGCCCACCAGGCAAGAGGUGGAGGCAGAGAAGCAGGCAGCUCUCAACAAAGUUGGCAUUGUGCCCCCGCGGACAAAGUCACCCACUGAUGAGGAGGUGACCCCAUCAAGGGUGGUGAGGAGGAGUGCCAAUGGGCUCACCAAUGGACUCUCCUCCCGACAGGAGCGCCCCAAGAGUGCUGUGUUCCCUGGCGAGGGCAAGGUCAAGAUGAGUGUGGAGGAGCAGAUUGACCGCAUGCGCCGGCACCAGAGUGGCUCUAUGAAGGAGAAGCGCAGGAGCCUGCAGCUCCCAGCCAGCCCGGCCCCUGACCCCACUGCCCGGCCUGCCUACAAAGUGGUGCGCCGUCACCGCAGCAUCCAUGAGGUGGACAUCUCCAACCUGGAGGCAGCCCUGCGGGCAGAGGAGCCUGGAGGGCAGGCCUAUGAGACGCCGCGGGAGGAAAUUGCCCGGCUUCGCAAAAUGGAGCUGGAGCCCCAGCACUAUGAUGUGGACAUCAAUAAGGAGCUCUCCACCCCAGACAAAGUCCUCAUCCCCGAACGGUACAUUGACCUGGAGCCUGACACCCCCCUGAGCCCCGAGGAGCUGAAGGAGAAGCAGAAGAAGGUGGAGAGGAUCAAGACACUCAUUGCCAAGUCCAGUAUGCAGAACGUGGUGCCUAUCGGCGAGGGGGACCUUGUGGACGUGCCCCAGGACUCAGAGAGCCAGCUGCAGGAGCAGGAAAAGCGGAUUGAAAUCUCCUGUGCCCUGGCGACCGAGGCCUCCCGCAGGGGCCGCAUGCUGUCUGUGCAAUGUGCCUCCCCAAGCCCUCCCACCUCCCCUGCUUCCCCGACUCCGUCCGCCAACCCCUCAUCGUCUGAAUCCCCACGGGGCGCCGACAGCAGCCAUGCCAUGCGGGUCUGAGCUCUGACUGCAAGCCCUGGCUGAGGCUAAUGCUGUGAAGCUCCACAGAGCCACAUUCUGAAGCCCUCUUCUGC